CAAGCCUCAACUUCUAAUUAAUCAACUCAUCUAGUUCCCCAAGUCCAACAACAACAAAAAUGUAUGCUUCUACUUCCUUUACUUCACCACUCCUCCACGAGCUUCUUGUGGAAUCUCACACAAGAAGGUUACUCAUCCAAGGCCCAAUUGAUAAUCAACCACUAAACAACCAUAAUUUUGGAGUUCCUGAAUUUGAUUUAAAUACUCUGAUGAUAGUUGGAGUCCUAUUAUGUGCUCUAAUUUGCUCACUUGCAUUAAACUCCAUCAUAAGGUGUGCCUUGAGAUUUUCGAACCAAGCCAUCAACGAUAACGCUUCUUCAAGUUCAAGUAGCAACAGUUUACCUCAAUUGGCUAAUAAAGGAAUCAAGAAGAAAGCUCUCAAAACCUUUCACACAGUGAGCUAUUCAACUGAGUUGAAACUGCCUGGUUUGGAUAUAGAGUGUGUGAUAUGUCUCUCAGAGUUUGCAAAAGGUGAAAAGGUACGCAUAUUGCCUAAAUGCAACCAUGGUUUUCAUGUUCGUUGCAUUGACAAAUGGCUAAGGGAACACUCAUCAUGUCCCAAGUGCAGACAAUGUCUUCUUCAAACAUGUAGAAAGGUUGGUGAUUCGCAGGUGCAGCCAAUUGUGCUGCCAGUACCGGAAACCAUUACCAGGAUUCAACCACUAGACCAUGAAGCCGUUGAACGUAGCUAUAGGGAAGAAAGCGGAUAAAUGUUAAUUUCAGUUACAAACUUUUAGUUGCUAAGGUUGACCCCAAAUGUAAAUAUAUAAUCUAUAUAUUACGAGGCUCAUUUUAUCAUUCACUAUUUAUUGAAGGACUAUGAUGAAAUAUUGAAAAUCAGACGUUAUUAUUUUUAUUUAUUUUUAAUUAAAAAUUGGCUUAAUUGUAAU